GGUAAGCAUUGCAUUAAACUGCGUCCAGCAGCCUAGCUUAGUGUAAUAACACGGAGCAGGAAGCAGCCCUGCCUGCCGCGGGCUGUCAUCUGACUGCUCCCAAGUGAGACAUUCAACCACCCCCCCACCCGCAGCCAACGACUGCUGCUCUCUCAAGUCGCAGGCUGCGUCUUCCCGUUGGUAGCUAUGCUGCUGCUGCUCCUCUUUCUGCUCCUUUCUCCGCAGGGAUGCAGUGCGCGCUAUGAUCCUACCUGGGAGUCUCUGGAUUCCAGACCACUUCCCACCUGGUUUGAUGAAGUCAAGUUUGGCAUCUUCAUCCACUGGGGCGUGUUCUCCGUGCCCAGCUUCGGCAGUGAGUGGUUCUGGUGGUACUGGCAGAAGGAAAAGAGACAGCCCUAUGUAAAAUUUAUGGAGACAAAUUACCCUCCUGGCUUCAGUUAUGAAGAUUUUGGCCCUUUGUUUACAGCUGAGUUUUUUGAUGCCAACCAGUGGGCAGAUAUUCUGAAGGCUUCUGGUGCAAAAUAUGUUGUCUUGACUUCAAAACACCAUGAAGGUUUUACUUUGUGGGGGUCAAAAUACUCUUGGAACUGGAAUGCUGUCAGUGUAGGACCAAAACGGGACAUUGUGGCUGAACUAGCAACAUCUAUUAGAAACAAGACUGAUUUGCACUUUGGGCUGUAUCACUCUCUCUUUGAAUGGUUCAAUCCUCUCUUCCUUUAUGAUGCCUCCAAUGUAUUCAAGACAAGACAGUUUCCAACUGCCAAAUCAUUGCCUGAGCUCUAUGAGAUUGUGACGAAAUACCAACCAGAGAUCCUCUGGUCUGAUGGGAAUGGUAACGCACCAGAUACUUACUGGAACAGCACUGGGUUUUUAGCUUGGCUGUAUAACGACAGCCCAGUUCGGGAUACAGUUGUAACAAAUGAUCGUUGGGGAGUUGGCAGCAUUUGUAAACAUGGUGGAUACUACACCUGCAGCGACCGCUAUAAUCCGGGACACCUUUUGCCUCAUAAGUGGGAGAACUGUAUGACCAUAGACAAAUGGUCCUGGGGUUAUAGGAGGAAUGCGCAGCUAAGUGAUUACCUCACGACUGAAGAACUGAUAAAGCAACUCGUAGAAACAGUAUCAUGUGGGGGAAAUCUCCUGAUGAACAUUGGGCCCACCCAUGAUGGUCGCAUUGAUGUUAUAUUCCAAGAACGCCUAAGGCAGAUGGGUGACUGGCUGAGAGUCAAUGGAGAAGCCAUUUAUGGAACUAAACCAUGGAGAACUCAGAAUGACACUGUCACACCAGGAGUGUGGUACACGUUCAAACCUAAAGAAGAGACAGUCUAUGCCAUUUUCCUUAAAUGGCCAAUCUCAGGGACUCUGGUACUUGGUGACCCAAAAACCAUCAUUGGAGAGACACAAGUGAAGCUGAUUGGACAUAAAGGACAACUGAAGUGGGUUUCACUGGGAGAAAAGGGAAUGACAGUGGCUGUACCUCAGCUAACCCCUAAUCAGUUACCCUGUCAGUGGGGCUGGACUCUGCAACUGACUAAUGUAAAGUGAAUGAUACAAGUGGAGACUUUAGUUGCUGUUUCUGAACACAGAUUAUUGAAAACACUUCACAUUUCUAACUUGAUUAUAUAUACACUAUAUUGAACUCUCCAUGUACAGCUGAAAUUGAGAUUGAUGGGAGCAGAUUUAAUGCAGAAAAAUGCUGUUCCAGAUUCAGCGGAAUGAUUUGGCCCUUUCACGUCCAGCCUUUAACCUCUUUGAUUUGAAAGACUGGUUAGCUUUAAGUGGUGGGGUGGAUUUGUAAGAUUACACUGGACCUUGUUGAAGCAGAAUAUUAGAUUUCUGACCUACUGGUUUCAAUUCAUCUCUUCAAAAAGCUUAUACACUGACCCAUGGUGCAUCUGCCUCUAGCAUCCCACACCAGCAGGAGCAACGUUGUGAAUGUAGCCAAAUUCUGCAGUGAUAAGUUGAUCAAAAAGCGGGUGUACAGGGCAAGAGUUAGUUAUACAUCAGCCUUUUUGAAGUUAUUUUUGUGUACUUUUUAAAAACAGAAGUUUUUUUUUUCUAAUGGAAAUAUUUCAGUU